AUGGCGUUGGAGUCAGUCUUGGGUCAGGCACUCUCCCGCAACAAGGCGCAUGAGAAGGUGGACUUGUGGAAAGAGCGAGAAAUUCAGGACAGAGGCAGCCGCUGCACCAUUUCGCUGAAGAGCAGAAAAGGUGAUGUCGUGCGGCAAGUCACCAAAGUCCCCGAAGGAGCAGAGGUAACAAGCAAUAUUGUCAACCAAUUCGAAAUCGAACGGGAGGCAAAUGCUGCAAAGAAAGAGGAUGUGCUCUUGGAGAGACUUGCCAAUGGGAAGGAUCCAGCGUGGCGGCCAGACUUUUUCCUCUCAGAGUUGAAAGGCCUCAAAAAGAAGGGAAUUUUGCCCAAAAUGCGCCCACAAGAUUACCUGCGGAUGGACGCUGCCUUUGUUCAAAAGGUGGUUGCGGCCUACAAGGCCAACAAGAAGGCAGAAAAGAAAAAAACGCAAAAAGAAAAAGAAAAAGAAAGAGAAGAAAGAGAAGAAGGAAGGCAAGAAAAAGAAGGAAAAGAAGGAAGGCAAAGAGAAGAAGAGGAAAGAGAAGGAUGCCGGCGGGCAGGGGCAACAAGUCAAGAAGGAGCACCAUGA